GUAUAAUUUCUGAUACAAAUGGAAAAUACAGUGCCAUUUAGGAAACAAAAAAUAAAAAAGGGUCAAAUUGUAAAUUAUUUGAAAGAGCUGUGUGAAACAAAUGAAAGUAUUGCGCCUUUUUGGAAAGGAAAGAUUAUGGAACUCGAAAGGGUAAAAUCGUAAACAAUUAGUGUUACAGUGAUUACGUGAGAAAUAUGCACCACCGACAUCUGAAUCGGACUCAUCAAAACGUGGUCGUUUUACUGUAGUUUCUCCGCGUUUGGUACAUCACCACUUGUAUGUAGCUGUGUUCUAAUUGGGAUUCUUCGUUUCUUUCGCUGACAGUGUUUUCUUACACACUAAUCACCAUUGUUGCUGCACUCCCGACUCCGAUUCAGCAUUUUGUUCUUCCGAAACGAUGGCUCGUCGAUCUGGAGAUUGCAUGAGAUGUCUGGUGAUUUUCGCGGUUGUAUCAGCUUUAGUUGUGUGUGGACCUGCUCUUUAUUGGAAAUUCAACAAGGGUUUCGUUGGAUCCACUCGUACCAACUCGCUUUGUCCUCCUUGCGUUUGUGAUUGUCCUCCUCCUUUGUCUCUUCUCCAGAUAGCUCCUGGGCUUGCAAAUCUCUCUAUUACAGAUUGUGGAAGCGACGAUCCAGAGCUCAAACAAGAGAUGGAGAAGCAAUUUGUGGACCUUCUGACUGAGGAGCUGAAGCUGCAAGAAGCAGUUGCAGAUGAGCAUAGCCGUCAUAUGAAUGUUACCCUUGCAGAAGCUAAAAGGGUUGCAUCUCAGUAUCAAAAGGAGGCUGAGAAGUGCAAUGCCGCCACUGAGAUUUGUGAAUCAGCUAGAGAGAGAGCCGAAGCUUUGUUGAUCAAGGAGAGGAAGAUCACUUCUUUGUGGGAGAAGAGAGCUCGGCAAUCAGGUUGGGAAGGUGAGUAAACUGAUUGCACUUCUCAGUCUACCUUGAAGAGUUUCUCUCUGAGAAAUCGAAUUUUCGCAACUCUACUCAAGUAAAGGAAAUUGUUUAAUUGUCAAGGCAAAGUCCUAUCUUCCACGUUUCUCUAUAUAUGUAGUUUUUGUUUUGUUUUGCCCUUGGAUCAGAAUGUAGCUAAAGAAAGGCUUGGCCUUGUAUUAACUUUUCUUCAUAUAUAAUUGUCCAUUUCUCUACCAUGAA